AUGCCACCAUUUUUAAAAAAGAAAGAAAAGCAACACUCCACUGAAGAUGCAAACCUAAGUAGAAUGAUUACCAAUGUGAGGUGGAUUGUGGAGGCUGUUAAUGGUAGAAUUAAGAAGUGGAAGCUCUUGGACAAGGUGUUGUCAAACACCCUCGUUCCAUCUAUUGGUGACUUUGUUCGCAUCACCUGCUCUUGGUUCAACAAAUACAGGCCCCCUAUUGCUAUUAACACUGAGGAGGAUGUUAAAUGGAUACAGUACACACCGGAGCAGAUCAGUGGAUGGUAUUGCACUUGUAAAGUUGGGGCCAGAGUGGUCGGCUGCUGCGCCCACAUUGCCAGCGCCCUGUGGUACCUUGGGUAUGAAAGACAUGAAGCGAAGCACAGCUCUGGUGUUGACAAUAACACAACAAACAUUGAUGAUGCUAGACACAUAGAAGUGAGUGUUAGUGAUUCUGAAAGUGACCAGACAAUGGAGGAGGAAUGA